AUGAAAAGUGCUGGAAAAAAUAAAUUGGGCAAACUUCAACAACAUUUUUCAUCCAUGGCUCAUAAAGCGGCAUUGUCCGAUUAUUGUAAUUUCUUGAUUACAGAAAGGCAUAUUGAUGUUUUCCUAGAUAAAAAUAAGAGAAAUACAUUAAUCGAACAAGAGAAAAUCCAUAGUCAAAAUAAGAGAGUUUUAUGGGUUUUAAUGGAUACAAUCAGAACAUUAGGCAUUCUAGGAUUGGGUUUUCGAAAAUCUGAUUCGGCUUCCGAAGGAAAUUUUGGACAAAUUGUAAACCUUAUAUCAAGACAUAACAGUGUCGUGAAACAAUGGUUUGACGACAGAAAAUUGCGCCCUUAUCAUGUGACAUACAUGAGUGGUGAAUCUCAAAAUGAAAUGAUCUCUUUAAUUGGAUCAGCGGUACGUAGUUUGAUAAUUGAAGAAAUUAAAGAAUGUUUAUUUUUUUCGAUAAUGGCUGAUACGACACCUGAUUUAUCCCAUAAGGAUAUACUCUCCCUGGUAAUACGUUAUGCCGACAAUAAGGGUAAUAUUCACGAAAGGCUUAUUAAGACCGUUGAAUGUUGCGAUAAAUCCGGACUGGGUAUGGCCGAGUUGUUAAUUAAAUGCCUAAGUGAGUUGGAAAUAGAUAGUUCUAAACUUGCUUUUCAAUCAUAUGAUUUUGCUAGUAACAUAUCCGGUCGUUUUAAUGGCGUACAAAAAAAAAUUACAGAUAUCGUCGAGCACAAUGUACCUUACAUUCCCUGUCAAGAUCACAGGACUAAUACAGUGCUUUAA